AUGCCUUUGGCCCCCUACCAUUAUUCGAUGCAAGCGAUGCCUUCGGCAUCCCAUCAUCGUUUAGCCCAAGCGAUGCCUUUGGCACCAUGUCAUCAUUUAGCCCAAGCGAUGCCUUCGGCACCUCGUCAUCAUGUGGCUCAUGCGAUGCCUUCAGCAAACCUAUCUGAUGUGAGCGAUGCCUUCGGCACCUCGCCUUGCAUGGCCAAAAGAGGAAGCCACCAUUUCAGCCCAAGGAACCACCUUUCAAUCACGUUGAAAGUCUCAAUUUAUGGGUGGCCAAGUAUUCCAAAUGCAUGGCUUGCAUGUACAAGGAGGCAAGCUAAUAUUUCAAUCCAAGGAAAGCCCACGAAACUUCAAAGAGAUAAACCAUGUGUGGUAGAUGACGUUGGGCAACAUUGCCCAGCCUUGAAGGGCUAUACAUGCACCACCAUGCACUACAGCACAAAGCAGGGAAUAUGCCAAGGACCCACGGCUGCUGUUCGGCAGUUUCUUUCUCUCAAACUCAUGGGACUUGUUCCACUCUCUGUUAAAGCCACAAAUACUGAUAUGGCACCAAGUGCGUCACCCUUGUACCAAAGCUUCUCAAACAAACUUGACAAACCAAAAACAAAACUACUUUGCAUGGCUUGCAUGGCCAAGGAAGCCCACAUGCCAAUCCAAGGGGCAACCCACAUGGUCCAUUUCCAUGAGUUUGUGGCUUAG